AUGAAGGCAGUUGAAGUUCCCUUUUUUCUCUCCCCCUCCCCAGGUCGUGGUGGGAAUGUUUGGCUCAGCCCCGUGGGCUGUGCUCUCUCCACUCUGCAUAUCACCAUUCCUCUCCAUUCCAACCUAGGCCAGAGAAUUCCUUUUAUUCAGCACCUGGUGUCUCUGGCAGUGGUGGAGUCAGUCAGAUCAAUACCAGGAUAUGAGGAUAUUGAGCUGCGAGUGAAAUGGCCAAAUGACAUUUACUACAGUGACCUUAUGAAGCUUGGUGGAGUUCUGGUAAACUCGACACUUAUUGAAACAACAUUUCAUAUACUGAUUGGUUUCGGGUUUAAUGUGAACAACAGCAACCCCACCAUAUGCAUCAAUGACCUCAUCACAAAAUUUAAUAAGGAAGAGGGGACAAAGCUGAAGCCUUUAACUGCAGACUGUCUCAUUGCCAGGACUGUCACCGUGCUGGAGAGGCUCAUAGACAUUUUUCAGGAGAAGGGGCCCAAUGGAAUUCUCCCCCGCUACUACAAGUACUGGGUACACAGCGGAAAGCGAGUCCGCCUGCGCGGCGAGGACGGGCCCACCGCGUGGAUCGUCGGGAUAGACGACUACGGAUACCUCCAGGUCCACGAGGAAGGCAAAGGGAUCGAGUCUGUGCACCCAGAUGGCAACUCCUUUGACAUGCUGAGAAACCUCAUAGUCCCAAAGCAUUAACUGCCCCCACAGCUCCCAGCACCGGGGGAAACUCUUUAGUGUUUGGCGCCGUCGGCUGAGCUUGCUCAGAGGUGGGAAGGGGAGUUGGCAGCUUGAUUUCUUUUCUUUUUUUCCUUCUGAUUUUCUGCUCUCUUUGGGUUUUGAUGUGGAUAACGUCAGCAGUUCAAAAGGAGGUGGUGAUCUCGUAGCUGAAGGCCUUUAUUGUUUUGUAUUAACUUCAGAACACCCCGAUGUUGCCAUUCUUCGGAAGCAUCUGUUCUUUCUGAGGAGGCUGGUUGCAAAGGAACCCUUUGCAGUGAACAGAACUUUCUCUUCAUUUACACACUGUACUGGAGAAACUGAGGAGGCUGAAAAGUUCCUCUCUCUGUCUCUGUGUUUUUGUUGUACUUUAGCAAAACGCAGGACAAUGUUUACUUUUUUUACUCUGGUUUUUUUUUUUUUUUCAAACUACGUUCUGGUUUAUGUGUUGUCUGCACUAAAAACAGCUGGAACAUCGAAUAUUUCUGACUUACUGGGAUUACCACUGUGCCUAACUUCAGGUCUAAGUGGAGAUCCUUGCUGAUUUGGUUCUUCUCCCUGUGGGCCUGUGCAACAAUUUACCAACCUGUGCUUUGCUCUCAGGUCUCCAACUCUAGUAGCUGCCUUGAGUUUUUUGGAGAGCACUUAAGAACUGUGGUUGGUUAUCCAAAUCACUGGCACUCUGCUCUUCUUAGGCAACUGGAUCUGAGUAAAUCAUCUUAUAUGUCCUUUGAAUUAAUCUUCCAAGAGGAUUCAGCCCCUGUAAGAAAAGCCCACUGGAGUAGUGUCCGACCAAGGUCAUUGUGGAAUCCCACGUCAGGAGAGGGAAGUUCUAACUAGUUUAAAAUUUGGUAGUAGCUAUAUUAUGAUCUGAAUGAAGUGAAUAAAUAAGGGAUUCCUUGCUGUAAACAACUACUGCAGUGAGAAAGAGAAAACACACCAUCCACCUGUGUCCAAAUUCUCCUCCACAGCUUCCGUUGUCACCCCCUUUCCCAAAGCAGAGCGUCUGGGUUUGCUGCCAACCAUUAAAAGCAGGAGCUUUAACACCUGCUGAACCUGAAAGCAGCCGGUUUUGGGGGCUGCCUGCACAGUUCCAGAUGGGGUGCAACACUUUACUCGUGACUGGGAAGCAUCCUGGAGCAUCCCUGAGGGAAUUUUCCGUGCGACGGCGGCUCGGCGGGUUUUUCUCCGGGGCCUUCACACCAAGACUUGGCCACCACAGCUCUUCAAACAGUCCUGUGCAAAAUAACUUUUGUCCUAGGUGUGAUGUUUCCUCAAGCUUCAUUUCCUCAAGUAGGCAGCGCUGCUCGUUCCAUUCCCUCGUCCCCUGCUGGAGGGGGGGGUAUCAGCCAAAUUGGUUUCCACAAAGGAAAUUACUUCCUACCCACCCGAAAUGGGGGCUUGGGGUUAAAGUUCGCCUCAUGAACAAUCUGAACAUGUUAGGAGAUUGUUUCAGUUACGAAGCCAAGAAGUCUUAAAACCAGGAAACUGGUCUGUAAUGGUAAUUUUGACCAAUCCUCACAUAUUAGGGUUUAGGUGGUUUGGCAGCAAGUGCAGGGAAUUAAGUUGUCCCUGUUACGUUUAGGAUUUUCUGCUCCACAUCACAGUGGAUUUGUCCGUGUCCCUGCUGGUUUGUUUUCCCCCCCGAUCCAGAUCUUGUGAGGCUGCACACCAGUAUUGCAGGGAACCGUCCAGUGGAGUGUAAACAGCUGUUGAUUGGCAUAAUUAAAAUUAUACACACCAACACCAGGUUUCGCUUUUUCCCACCUGAGGCUUUUAGAAACUGCUUUGGGCUGAGAAUUUUCUGGCAGCCACCUUUAUUUCAGAAUGAAGCACUGAUGCAUGUUGUAACCAGCUGAAACUCCAGUCUGACUUAAUCAAGUUUCAAUAAAAAA